AUCGCUCAAUAUCGAAGACCACUGCAUAGAGUGUAGUCCACUAAUUGCCACUAAUAGACAUGACAGUCGAGUCAUCGAGUGUCGACAGUCGACACAUGCAUUAAAACACCUUCAAAGCACUUCAAAGAGAGUGUGUUGUGUUGCAUGGUUCUGAGUGAAGUUUUUUUAUGUCAUUUUUCACUUGUUCCUUCUUAUUAAUAUUAUCAUUAUAAUAUUUGUAUGGAAGUCGUUUUCAUAUACUUACAAUUCUUUUUCGAAGGGUUUUUGCAGGACUUUAACAGUGAUACUCAAAAAAAUGCUUUCAUUAAUUUUUUUUUACAGUUAUGUGCUUACACAUGUGCGUAGCUGGUGAUUGAGUUGAUAAGUCUUUAAUUAUUUCCAACAAACGGAAUACUGAAAUAGGUAUUCAUUUUUUUCGACAAUUUAAAUUAUUUUGAGUUUGACGCAGUUUGACGAGUAAACUGAAAAAUAAAUCAAAAAAAAAAAAACUGCCUAAAAAUUGUAAAAUAAUUUAUUUUUAGAACUUUUGUUUAUAUUUAUAUUUUCAAUAAAAUAGUCAAAAGUUAUAGUGUUGUAAUUUUUUGAUUAAGUAAACUAUUCAUGUGCAAGUUUUUUCUUUUUUAAUCCAAAAAGUUGAAAGUAUUCUCUUUUUAUUUUUUUGCGAUAAAAUUGAGUGGCGUCAACUUCUGAGGAAAAGUAUAUUUCUUGUAUUUUUAUGAUUUAGAAAGUGUUGUCUAACAAAAGACUGGAUUAAUAUCAAUUUGAUAAGAAAUAAGUAAAUCAUCGUCUGUUCGGUUUUUUUUUCAUGUUUUGUUUUUUGUUGAAAUCCCAUAGGGUAAAGACUCGGUGGUUAAGUCAUUUAAUACUUAAGGGUGAAAAAUAAGCGAUAAAUUAAUCGUAAAGAUGGACGUCAAUGUUGAAAGAGAGUGCAGCGCUCUGGGUGGACUUUUUCACCAGAUCAUUAAUGAUAUGAAGAAUGGUGCACCAUUGUGGGAAGACUUCAUUUCAAAAGCCACGAAAUUACAUGUAUGCUUGAGAGCAGCUAUACUGGCUGUAUCAGCGUACCUCGAAGCCUUCCAAAAAAUUGCAGAUGCUGCAACAAAUGCACGUGGUGCAACAAAAGAAAUUGGUACAGCAUUAACUAGAAUAUGCCUGCGACACAAAGCUGUUGAAACGAGAAUGAAAUCAUUCACGUGCACAAUAAUGGAUAGACUUGUAAUGCCCCUCCAAGAAAAACUAGAAGACUGGAAAAAAACGUUAAUUAAUUUGGACAAAGAGCACGCCAAAGAAUACAAAAAAGUAAAAUCAGAGCUAAAAAAACGUUCAACUGACACACUACGCUUACAAAAAAAAAAAGCCCGUAAAGGAACAAUACCCAAUCAUGGACACAAUCAACUAUCAAAUGUGAUACAAUCACAAAGUAAUCGCAUUGAUGAUUUGGAACUAAAUAGAUUACUUGAAACAUCAACAGCAAGUGUUCAUGAAAAACGUAUGAGUCUUGAAGAAACUGAAAGAAAAGCAGUACGCGCUGCAUUACUUGAAGAACGUGGUCGUUUUUGUCAAUUUGCAAAAUUUUUGAAACCAGUUUUGGAUGAAGAAAUAUUAAUGUUGGUGGAAUUAACGCACUUACAAGAAGUAUCAGAACAACUUGAACGUCAUGUUUCAGCACCAUUUGAUUUACCAGCUGCAUCUGAACAAGUUAUAACUGAUUUAAAAGGGCGUGAUAAUAUACAUUGGACAUUGUCAACACCACCAUCAAGCCCAAGUCUAUCACUUGGAUCUAGAAAAAGUUCUAUGUGUUCAAUAAGCUCACUAACAAGUAGUAGUUCUGAAUCAUGCAAAAAUCAACCGAGCCUAUGUGGACAUCUUUGUCGCAGAUCACUUUCUCAGACAAUCUGUACGAGACCAAUGAGUAUCGCUUGUCCUGGUUCGACAAUAGCACUUCGUCAUUUUUCAAGGGGUAAUUCUCGCGAUUCUGGAUUUACAUCACAAGAUACACUUUAUAACCAACCAAUAUCUGAGCACCAGGUAUCGAAUGUAUCUUUUCAAAGUAGUCAAAGUAAUUGUCCAACAAAAACUACAACAAAUUCAACAUGGCCGGAUUUGCAAGAGACAACAAUUAUCAAAAAUCAAAAUCAACAAAAUACAACAAUUAAUGAAAGACCCCAUACAAUAUCAUCAACAUACGAAAAAGGUCAUCAACGACCAGCACUCAGUGUUUAUACAUUUCAAGCACCAGAUACUGAUUGUUGUCAUAGUCAGCCAGCAUCACCAGUAUCAUCACCAUCGUCAAACUUACAAUUGGCUAGAGUACAAUCACAUAAGAAAAGUGUAAGUGGUAUAAGACCACCAAUACCAAGCCGAUGCUCAAGUCUUGAAAGAACUAUAACUCAUGCAUCAUCGAGUGGAAGUACUAGUAGUAUUAAGACUGAAGGACAUGGAAGUCGUGGUAAGGCUAAACUUCCAAUUCCUGUACAUCUUGCCAAAGAAUUAGGUAAUCAUCAGUUAGCCCAACAGCCAAUGUAUGUUAAUAUGCAUGAAUUGGCCAAUCUUGCUGCAAACAAAGCUCAAGAAAUGCAUAUACCAGCAGCAGUACCAACAUUGUCAACUGCUACCGGUCAACAUGCUUCAGGCAGCAUCAAUGAUAAAACUGAAACAAUAGUACUAGAAAAAGACUGUGGUGGCAGUCAAACUUCCGAAUCAAGUAUCGAAUCAAGUAGUGGCUAUGGUAGUCAAUCGACAUUGCCCAACUCUAGCUCAAUACUAAAACAAAAUGAAUCCACAAUUGCUGUUGAAUUAUCUACAAUACCAAGAAAAGGCUCAAUGCAACAACAAUCCAGGCCAAUGCCACCAACACGUCGAACAACACAAAUAAUUGGUGAUAAUUUUUCAAACACUGCUGGAUCUUUUGUUGGUGUAACUGGAAGUUUACUUGCUGCCACCGAUAGCAAUCGUACUGAUAUACCUGCUGUAACUAUUUCCGAUGAGACUGAGAAUCUUCCUCCUCCACCAGCGUUUUUGCUGGAGGGCAAUUCUCCAGCUGCAAGUCCAACUUCAAAACGAUCCAUGUCCGUAUCCGAGACUGUACGAACGUUGACGGAGUUACGUCAUACACCAGCAAGCCCAUCAUUUCUUCGUAAAUCAGCAAAUCAACCCCAGCAAUUACCAAAUUCAAAUACUGGAAUAUUUACACAAAUAACAACACGUUCACAAACAUUAAGACGUGUAUCAACAACAUCAAUUGAAUCAACAUCAUCUAUAUCAGGACAAAAUCAAAGUGGUGUUGGCGGUGUUGGUCAAGGAUUUAUGGCAGUAUUAAGUUCAAAAUUAAUAAAUAAUUCAAAUGUUAAUUCACCAACUGGUUGUAGUCCAAAAUCAAUACGUAAAAUCAAUACUGACAUAACGAAUAAAAAUCAACGUACAUCAACUGGAUUAUUAGAAACAUUGAGUGCUAAAUUAUCAGCUCAACAACAACAAAGCAAAUUGUUACAAAAUACAUCACCAAUUAAUAAUCCAUUACAAGUCAUGACAAAUCAGCCAAUUUGUACAUCAAGUAGAUCAGCUAGUGUUCGUAGAAAAAUGGCAAAUCGGAUCCCUAUUGUUGAUCAAAACCAAGUUCGUGGCUCAUUGAUGGAUCAAAUACGACGUGGUACAUCAUUAAAAAAAACAAGUGGCCCCAUAAAUGAUCGAUCGGCUCCAAAAAUUUACUAAGCACUAUCAUUUAAUUUUUUUUCAACAUAAUUUAUGAUUAUUAUUGUUAUUAUUAUUUUUAUUAUUCUAUAAGCAUAAUCUGAAAAAAUAUUAUUUUGGGAAUAACUAAUGUUGAUAAUUUAUGCUUUUCAAUAUUAUUUUUUAAUGCAAUUUAUUCAAUUUAUUUCUAUUUGUUAUCCUAAAAUAUAUUACCUAAAUGAUGAUGGUGUCAGACAAAAUGAGUUCUCAGUCUUCCCAAAGACAAUACUUCAUUCCGGAUUUUUUUUUUUUUGAUAUUUCAUAUUGCAUUACAAUAUUUUCUCCGAUACUGUCGAACAUUAAUUUAUUAUAGAUUUAAUUAAAAAUAAUCUAACUGUUAACGUUUAUUUUUUUGGUUUCUUUAUGUCUCGUGUACUUUAAAUAAUUUCAUGAAUUAUAUAUAAAUUUCAAAAAAUUGAAAAAAAAAAAAUGAUUGUCUGUACGGAAUGUAUGAACAGAAUUUAUCAAAAAAAGAUGACUAAAAACAAACCGCUGAUGAUAAUGUAACUGUGGAAAAAUAAUAAAUACCAAGAUGAGAAAAGAAAAACAUUUCCUUAACGAUGUUAACAAUAAUUAAAGUAUAGUUAGUGGUGAAUGAAAAAAAACUAAUGAAAAUCUUUAGAAAUAAUAUUUAAAAAAUUACUAGUAAUAACUUAAAAUGAAAUGAUACAGAAAAUUUAACAAAAAAAUACAGUUGUUAGUUAUUAGACCUUAGUUUAGUAGCUUCUGUUUUGAUAAACAAUAAACAUAUGUAUGAUCAUCAUUGUAAUUUGUAAUUAUUGCGUGGUUUACGCCUCUAAUUACGAUAAUAAAGAAAAAAUAAAAAUAAACGUUAACAAGAAUUAACCUUCAUAUUGAGGUAAAAGGGGUGAUGCCCGUGUGCAUGUAUGCGUAGAUUUCGGUAUAUUUUUUCUGAUGAUAAAAAAUCAUGAGAUAUAGGGUUACCAUAUCUCCAGGAAACCAAAUCAGAACAUUUUCCUCCCACUCCAAAAUUUCACCCCCUCCACCCAUAAAUUUAUGUUUCAAGUUGAUAAUCAUAACAAUUCAUUUAUUUUAAUUAUAUGUUAUUUAUUUAUUCGUUUUUUUUUAAUUAUUCAGUAACUAUUCAUCACAAUUACACGAACGAUAAAAAAAUUUUUUACAGUAGUCAAUUUCUUUGUCUAAAUUAAUUCAUUAAAAAUUAAUUGGUUAGCAAAAUUCUUUCUUUAGGCAUUUUUCUUAUAGCUUUCAAGUUGUUAAAUUAAUAAUAUUUUAAACAAAUUAAAAGCUAUAGAAAAAAUGGCUAAGGAAAGGAUGUUGCUCACUAAUUAAUUUUUGAAGAAUUAAUUUAGCUAAAGAAAUUAAUUGGCGAGCCACAUUCUUUCCUUAGCCAUUCGUCGAUAGCUUUUCAUUUAUUUAAACAAAUUAAAAGCCAUAGGAAAAAUGGCUAGGGAAAGGAUGUGGCUUACCUAUUAAUUUUCAAAGAAUUAAUUUCGCUAAAGAAAUUAAUUGGCAAGCCACAAAAUUUACAAAAAAAUAAUUUUACGAAAAUAAAAGAAGGGUUGCCUAGGCUAUAGAAAUUUUUCAUCGGGCCCCCUAUACUCUAUAUGACGAAGUACAUAUACUGCACGCUAUCUAAAUUUUAAUAAUUAGAAGUAUUCAAGAGUCCAUCAUAGAUAGCGUAAAUUCUAUAUUAUAUUUAUUAAAAAAACU